UAGUGUUAAAGAUGCGAGCGUGUUACAUUGGGUUGGCUUUGUGUGCUGUGGUGGUGCGUUGUAAUGCAUCGUGUGAGAUGGCGAACUGGCGGAGCAGCUUUGACAAGAAAGGCUUCUCAACUUGUGGAUCCGUUACUCGGUAUAUGAACGGACUCUACAGAAACAAACCUUCAGGAUAUCAGGGGAUAUUUCUGAUCGAGCAAGCACGUUGUUGUGCCAGGCCGAGGCCUUACUGGAACCAAGCCACGUCUUGUAUCAUGGCUGACUGGUGGAGCAGUUUUGACAGGAACAAUCGUUGGAACACAUGUCCCAAUGGUUAUUACCUCCGGGGAUUGGAUCGAAACGACGGCCAGAGCCUGGAUAACAUCGAGGUUGGCAAGUGUUGCAAGCCUGCCAACCACCCGCACUGGUACGGACACUGUUAUGAUCAAAACGUGAGGGCCAGCUUCGACAAGGAGGGCACCAGCAAGUGUAGGAAUGGCUAUUUCAUGACUGGAUUAUACCGAGGCAGUUGUGAUCAGAUCUGA